UAAACACACCCAGCCCUUUCUUUCUCUAUCUCUUUUCCUAUCUCUAUAGCUCCAGCCGAUUCUCAGACAUCUCCGAUCGUUCCCCUGUUUUCUCAAAUGAUCCAUCGCUACCACGAUGCUUUUCCACUUCCCGUGGGUCAUCGUACAACAGGAUAUCUAAGGAAGAAGACUGUGCAGGAGAAGGAGCAGAGACAGAGCAAUCAUCAAUUGAAACAAUGGAGGUGGGUUGCAUCAAACCCUAAAGCAGAUCUAGCGGAAGCAUCGGACCCAGAAGCAAAUCUAGCGGAAGCAGGGGAAACGACGCUGCAGAUGUCCUAGAAGCUAGUUAUUUGGGUAUCUUCCUUUGUUUCACAUUAAACAAUUGUUUCUUAUAAAUAUAUUAGCUAAUUAGCCACCACCCAUUUGUCUGCUCUUUUCAAAAUCUUUGAUAUCACUUUUGGGUCUUGGUGCUUUUUCUCAGGGGUAGUUUCGAUCAGGGUAAUUGAGGUUUGGGUUUUUAUUUUUGUUGGAUUUUGCUUUAAUCUGGGUGUAUUCUUAUGCUGUGCUUUGUUGCUAAAUUGAAAUCGGUUUUUUCCUCCUUUUUGUUGCUUUAGUGAAGAAGUAAAUAGUUUUGCUUUUGGGUUUUACUUGAAAUUUUCUGAUCUGGGUUCGCUUUCUGAUGUAUUGUUGAUCCACUUACUGGCACUUGUGAAUAUUUCUCUAAGAUCUGCAACUGGGUUCUCAGUGAAUAUAUCGCGCUACAGGGCGGUGGUGGCGAAAGUAGAUCUGUUAGUGGUGGGUUCGAAGGAACCCAGGUUGCUGAAGAGGAAUAUGAGGCUGCAGAUGAUUAGGAUGAGGAUGGAGGUCUUUGUAUGUUUUCAGUUCAUCAACUAGAGGGAUUCUGAUGGUUUUGAUCAGUAAGGAGGAUGGUGAAUAGUAAUAAGGAGAAAGGAAAUGAGAGGGAGAAAGAAAGGGUUGGGUUGGUACUUAACAGAGAGUAACAGAGAAAGUAACAGAGACUAAGAAUGUGUAACAGAGUGUGCGAUGGAGGAGGGUGAAUGAAUCACUGUCCAAAAU